GUGACGGCGCUGCGCUGGCGUCAUCAGGCCGCGCCCUCGCGCUGCAGUCGCCGCAGUCUGCGAGGGGACCCGGCGUGGGCAUGUGUCAGGUGGGAGAGGACUACGGGGAGCCGGCGCCCCGGGAGCCGCCCUCGGCUCCGCGGCCUAGCCGCGAACAGAAGUGUGUGAAGUGCAGGGAAGCCCAGCCGGUGGUGGUGAUACGAGCCGGAGAUGCCUUCUGCAGGGGCUGUUUCAAGGCCUUCUACAUCCACAAGUUCAGAGCCAUGCUGGGCAAGAACCGGCUCAUCUUCCCAGGCGAGAAGGUGCUCUUGGCGUGGUCUGGGGGGCCUUCGUCCAGCUCCAUGGUCUGGCAGGUCCUUGAGGGCCUAAGCCAAGAUUCUGCCAAGAGGCUGCGUUUUGUGCCGGGGGUCAUCUUUGUUGAUGAGGGAGCAGCCUGUGGCCGGAGCCCGGAGGAGAGAGCGAAGACCCUGGCUGAAGUGAAGCCCAUCCUGCAAGCAAUUGGGUUCCCGUGGCACGUGGUGGCCUUAGAGGAGGUGUUCAGCCUGUCGCCGUCGGUGCUGCGGUGCUCUUCCCAGGAGCCAGCGGCUCCCGAGGAGGCCUACAAGGCGGCCGUGGACAGCUUCCUCCGGCAGCAGCAUGUGCUGGGGGCAGGGGGUGGGCCUGGCCCAGCUCAUGGGGAGGAACAGCUGCCCCAGCCCCGUGCCCAGCCCCCACAGAACCGCCAGAGUCUGCUGAGACCACCUGCUGCUGCCCAGACUGAGGCUCUUUCCCACCUGUUCUGCUCAGUGAGGACACUGACAGCCAAGGAGGAGCUUCUGCAGACCCUGCGGGCCCACCUGAUCCUGCACGUGGCCCGCGCUCACGGCUACUCCAAGGUCAUGACUGGGGACAGCUGCACCCGCCUGGCCAUCAAGCUCAUGACCAACCUGGCGCUGGGUAGAGGGGCCUUCCUGGCUUGGGACACGGGCUUCUCCGAUGAGCGGCACGGGGACGUGGUGGUGGUGAGACCCAUGCGGGAGCACACCCUGAAGGAGGUCGCCUUCUACAACCGGCUGUUCUCCGUCCCUUCUGUCUUCACGCCAGCCGUCAAUACCAAGGCCCCUGAAAAGGCCAGCAUCCACCGGCUGAUGGAGGCCUUCAUCCUCCGGCUGCAGACCCAGUUUCCCUCCACCGUCAGCACUGUGUACAGGACAAGUGAGAAGCUGGUGAAGGCCCCCCGGGACGGCCCUGCCACCGGCGACCACAGCCCUCGCUGUCUGCUGUGCAUGUGCGCCCUGGACAUUGACGCCGCUGACAGUGCCACGGCUUUUGGGGUUCAGACCUCCUCACAUCCCUCCCAGAUCCAGUUGCCCACCUCCCUGACUGACACCGGGACACCCCAGGAGUCGCCCAUUGCCCUGAUUGAGACCAGGACACCCCAGGGGCCCUGCUGUUUCCCGGGGGGCCCCCGGGCCCAGGGCUGUUGCCAAGGGGCCUCCAGGAGGGAGGACCCCCAAGCCUGCAUUGUGGAGCAGCUGUGCUAUGGCUGCCGUGUGAACAUGAAGGACUUGCCCUCACUGGAGCCCCUGCCGCAGUACAUCCUGGCCGAGGCCCAGCUCCGCACCCAGAGGGCCUGGGUGUUGGCAGAGCUCCGGGACUGUCUGAUUGAGGACAGUGACGAUGAGGUGGGCCAGAGCUGAGGACGUGCUCUCUGGGACAGCAGGUGCAGGGUCCACCACACUGCGGCUGGAAGGCAAGGACGGGACGGGGUCGGCCCCUCAGUGUCCAUUU